AUAUUCUUCUCCAUUAUACUAUACUACAAAAUUAUUUUUAUUUUCAAACGAAAAAAAAUCGACUGAAAAAAUGGCAAAAUCAUAUGAAAAUGAACACUCAAUUAAGGCAUUUGGAUGGGCAGCUAGAGACACUUCUGGAGUUCUUGCUCCUUUCAAUUUUUCAAGAAGGGUGACAGGUGAAAAAGAUGUGCAAUUUAAAGUUUUGUACUGUGGAAUUUGUCAUUCUGAUCUUCAUCAACUCAAGAAUGAAUGGGGUAAUAGCAAGUACCCCAUGGUGCCUGGGCAUGAGGUUGUUGGUGUUGUAACCGAGGUUGGUAGCAAGGUAGAGAAAUUUAAGGUUGGAGACAAAGUAGGUGUUGGAUGUAUGGUAGGAUCAUGUCGAAAAUGUGAGAAUUGUAGCGUUGAUCUCGAGAAUUACUGCCCUGGUCAGAUUCCUACAUACAACGGCUAUAGCUCAGAUGGAACCCUCACGUUUGGAGGUUACUCCGAUAUGAUGGUAUCUGAUGAGCACUUUGUAGUACAUUGGCCUGAAAACUUGUCGAUGGACGCUGCUCCCCUGUUAUGUGCUGGAAUCACUACUUAUAGUCCUUUGAAAUAUUUUGGACUCGAUAAGCCUGGAAUGAACAUUGGUGUUGUUGGUCUUGGAGGACUCGGACAUAUGGCUGUUAAGUUCGCAAAGGCAUUCGGAACCAAAGUGACUGUCAUUAGUACAUCUGCUAAUAAGAAGCAAGAAGCAAUUGAACGUUUGGGCGCAGACUCUUUCUUGAUCAGCCGCGAUCCUGAGCAAAUGAAGGCUGCAAUGAACACAUUGGAUGGGAUCAUCGACACUGUUUCCGCAGUGCACCCUAUUCUUCCAUUGCUUAUGUUAUUGAAAUCUCAUGGUAAGCUUGUUAUGGUUGGUGCACCAGAAAAACCGGUGGAGUUGCCCGUGUUUCCUCUACUUAUGGGAAGGAAGCUAGUGGCUGGAAGUGGCAUAGGAGGGAUGAAAGAGACUCAAGAAAUGUUGGAUUUUGCGGCUAAGCAUAACAUAACACCAGAUAUUGAAGUCGUGCCAAUGAACUAUGUUAACACCGCGUUGGAACGUCUUCUGAAAUCGGACGUGAAGUAUCGUUUCGUGCUCGAUAUUGGCAAUACAUUGAACAAGAAAUGAGAAUUUUAAUUUGGGGGGGGGGGGGGGGAAUCAAUUAUUUGUGUUUACUUUGUUCGUCUAAGGUACUACUUUUAAACGUUGAGGCACUAUAGCUUAAAAUUCACAGGAAUUUCCUUAUUUUUUUUCAAGUUAAGAAUUGUGUUGUGACAUUUUCUAGCAGUGAUUCUUUGCUUACAUUA